AUGCCGUCAGAUUCGCCGCAGCCUCGAUUCUUCCGCCAGCUGAUGGCACAGGGCCACUCGCCUGAGGGCGUGUACCUUCCCAUCAAGCAGGCCAUUCCAGAAGAAACCGAGGAUGCUAAUAACGGACAUGCUGAGAGAGAUGGUUUCAGGCAACGCGCUGACGAGGACGGCCAAUCAUGGCUCUUGCACGGCCUGCCGUGGGCCCCACCAGCAGGCGGGCGGCGCAGGCUGCUGGGUCUGGGCGACGUGCAGUACCCCCUGGAUGGUUACUUCCUCAGCAAAUCCGGCCUAUACUACGUGCAGGUGCAGCUGGGGUGGCAGAGGCAGCCCGUGAACCUGCAGGUGGACACGGGCAGCGAUCUGCUGUGGACGCGCUGCGUCUGCCCCUCCUGCCCGCCGCCUCACUCCGCCGCCAACCACACCCGGGCUGCAGGCGGACAGCAAUCUCCCAGCGCCCCUUCCCCGGAUCCGCCACCAGGCCGCUCCCCCUCCACGCCCCCCUCGCCCCCCCCGGUGGUCCCUCCCUCAUCCGCAUCGCUCAACCCGCCCGGCCCCGUUACAGUCACACUCGCUUGA